AUGGGGAACAGUUGCGUCGUGCCCUUGGGGAAACACAGAAAGGAGAGGAGACAGAGGAAGCGGAAUCCGUACGGGGAUGGCGCGGGGAAGAAGCUGGUGGUGCUGAAGGAGCCCACGGGCCGGGACAUUGGGCUGCGCUAUGAAUUGGGCCGGGAGCUGGGCCGGGGAGAGUUCGGCGUGACGUACCUCUGCUGCGACAGGGAGACGAAGGAGGAGUGGGCGUGCAAAUCGAUAUCCAAGAAGAAGCUGCGAACCGCGAUUGAUAUCGAGGAUGUACGGAGGGAGGUGGAGAUCAUGCGCCACUUGCCUAAACAUCCCAACGUCGUGUCGCUCAAGGACACCUUCGAAGACGACGAUGCCGUUCACCUCGUUAUGGAGCUCUGCGAGGGCGGCGAGCUAUUCGACCGCAUCGUCGCGCGCGGCCAUUACACCGAGCGCGCCGCAGCUUCCGUCACCAAAACCAUCGUCGAAAUCGUUCAGAUGUGCCACAAACAUGGUGUCAUGCAUCGAGAUCUCAAACCUGAGAACUUUUUGUUCGGAAACAAGAAGGAGACAGCACCUCUUAAAGCUAUUGACUUUGGAUUGUCGGUUAUCUUCAAACCAGGUGAAAAAUUUAAUGAGAUAGUUGGAAGUCCAUACUACAUGGCUCCUGAAGUAUUAAAGCGUAAUUAUGGCCCUGAAAUAGAUAUUUGGAGUGCUGGAGUAAUUCUUUACAUCUUACUUUGUGGUGUCCCUCCAUUUUGGGCAGAAACUGAACAGGGAGUUGCUCAGGCAAUUAUUCGUUCUGUUGUUGAUUUUAGAAGGGAACCAUGGCCUAAGGUUUCUGACAAUGCAAAAGACCUUGUGAAGAAGAUGCUUGAUCCUGACCCAAAGCGCCGGCUUACUGCACAAGAAGUGUUAGAUCACCCAUGGUUACAGAAUGAAAAGAAAGCUCCUAAUGUUUCAUUGGGAGAAACUGUUAGAUCAAGGCUCAUGCAAUUUUCUGUAAUGAACAAGCUUAAGAAAAGAGCUUUGAGGGUGAUUGCAGAUCAUUUGUCUUCAGAAGAAGUUGCUGGAAUAAAAGAGGGGUUUGACCUGAUGGAUACAGGCAAUAACGGCAAGAUUAACAUGGAUGAGCUGCGAGUAGGGUUGCAAAAACUAGGUCACCAAAUUCCUGAUGGAGAUGUCCAAAUACUCAUGGAAGCUGGUGAUGUAGACAAAGAUGGGUGCCUAGAUUAUGGAGAGUUUGUUGCCAUUUCUAUUCAUCUGAGAAAGAUAGACCAUGAUGAGCACCUUCACAGAGCCUUCCAAUUUUUUGAUAAGAAUCAAAGUGGAUAUAUUGAAAUCGAGGAGUUACUCAAUGCCUUAGCUGAUGAGAUUGAAACAAACGGUGACGAAGUCAUAAAAUCAAUUAUGCAUGAUGUGGACACAGAUAAGGAUGGAAGAAUAAGUUAUGAGGAAUUUGCUGCAAUGAUGAAGGCUGGCACAGAUUGGAGGAAAGCAUCAAGGCAGUAUUCAAGAGAGAGGUUUUCCAGUCUAAGUCAGAAAUUGAUUCAGGACGGUGCUCUCUCCGUGCUUCCAGAGAAGGUGUGUUCCUCUCUGCAUUGUUACACACUCAUUCUGAUUCAACGUCUUGCUUUUGUUCCUCCUCUGCGUCAAGCUUCCUCACUUUCCAUUCCAAUCCUCUUCUUCAGUGAUAGAAACUUGGUGGUUCAUGACAAGAUCAUACUGAGUGGAGUGCCAGACAACAUUGUGCUAACUCCAGGAACGGGAAACGGCCUUGUAACAGGUGCAUUUAUUGGUGCCUCUGCUUUCAACAGCAAAAGCCUGCAUGUCUUUCCCAUGGGUGUCUUAGAAGUGGGAACCUGCGGGAGGGAUGUCCCAUUGGAGACUCAAUUCAUGCUUAUAGAGAGCAAAGAGAGUAAAGAUUAUCAAGAGAAUUCUCCAACAGUUUACAUUGUUCUGCUUCCUCUCCUGGAAGGCCAGUUCCGUGCUGUUCUACAAGGCAAUGACAAAAACGAGAUAGAGAUUUGCCUUGAGAGUGGUGAGUUGCUUCUUGGCCAUGAAAGAGAUCCUGCCGUUCAGACCAAUCACGGCCUUCAUUUGGUCUACAUGCAUGCUGGUACCAACCCCUUUGAAGUCAUCAACCAAGCUGUCAAGGCUGUAGAAAAACACAUGCAAACUUUCCGUCAUCGGGAGAAGAAAAGAUUGCCAUCUUUUCUUGACUGGUUUGGCUGGUGCACAUGGGAUGCUUUCUAUACUGAUGUCACAGCUGAGGGUGUUGAGGAAGGCCUGAAAAGCCUAUCAGGGGGAGGUACAUGUCCAAGGUUCCUCAUCAUUGAUGAUGGUUGGCAACAGAUUGAAAAUAAAACAAAAGAUGCUGAUGAUUGUGUUGUACAAGAAGGAUCACAGUUUGCUACUAGGUUGACUGGCAUUAAAGAAAAUACUAAAUUUCAGAAGAAUCGACAGAGCAAUGACACAAUCUCAGGUCUGAAGCAUGUUGUAGAUGAAGCAAAGCGGCGUCACAAUGUGAAAUAUGUUUAUGUUUGGCAUGCUCUAGCUGGUUAUUGGGGUGGAGUGAAGCCUGCAGCCAGUGGCAUGGAACAUUAUGACACAUCCUUGGCAUAUCCAGUGCAGUCUCCAGGUGUGCUAGGAAACCAACCAGACAUUGUCAUGGACAGCUUGUCUGUACACGGCUUGGGACUGGUGCACCCGAAGAAGGUUUUUGAUUUCUACAAUGAGCUUCAUGCUUACUUAGCUUCAUGUGGAGUAGAUGGAGUGAAAGUUGAUGUGCAAAACAUUAUUGAGACCCUAGGUAGUGGACACGGGGGUAGGGUCACACUCACGCGUAGCUAUCAUCAGGCACUUGAGGCCUCAGUUGCUCAGAAUUUUCCUGACAAUGGAUGCAUUGCCUGUAUGUGUCAUAACACUGAUGGCCUUUAUAGUUCCAAGCAGACUGCUGUUGUGAGAGCAUCUGAUGACUUUUACCCUCAUGAUCCUGCUUCCCACACAAUUCACAUUUCAUCUGUUGCAUAUAACACGCUUUUCCUGGGAGAAUUCAUGCAACCUGACUGA